UUCAGACGACAUCCUCUGUGGUGCCAUAGCACAUGGAUUUCAGAACUGCCUGUGAGGAGACAAAGACAGGGAUUUGUUUGCUGCAGGAUGGUAAUCAGGAGCCUUUCAAAGUCCGGCUGCACCUAGCCAAAGAUAUUCUGAUGAUCCAGGAACAGGAUGUGAUUUGUGUGUCUGGUGAGCCUUUCUAUUCUGGUGAAAGAACGGUGACCAUCAGAAGACAAACAGUAGGAGGAUUUGGAUUAAGCAUAAAGGGAGGAGCAGAGCAUAAUAUUCCAGUUGUCAUUUCAAAAAUCUCCAAGGAGCAAAGAGCUGAGCUUUCAGGACUGCUUUUUAUUGGGGAUGCAAUUCUACAGAUAAAUGGAAUUAAUGUGAGAAAGUGCAGACAUGAAGAAGUGGUUCAGGUUCUUCGGAAUGCUGGAGAAGAAGUGACGCUAACAGUGUCUUUUUUAAAAAGAGCACCUGCUUUCCUCAAACUCCCAUUGAAUGAAGACUGUGCAUGUGCCCCAAGUGACCAGAGCAGUGGUACCUCCUCUCCCCUUUGUGACAGUGGCUUACAUCUCAACUACCAUCCCAACAACACAGACACGCUGUCGUGCUCCUCGUGGCCCGCGUCCCCAGGUCUGCGCUGGGAGAAGCGAUGGAGCGACCUGCGGCUCAUCCCGCUGCUGCACUCCCGCUGCUCGCAGUACGUGCCCGGGACAGACGCCAGCCGGCAGAAUGCCUUUCAAGUCAUCGCUGUGGAUGGGGUCUGCAGUGGAAUUCUUCAGUGCCUCUCCGCUGAAGAAUGGAUUGACUGGCUACAAGCAAUAGCAACUAAUAUUUCAAACCUCACAAAGCACAAUGUAAGUAGUGAUUCAAGGAACGCCUGGCUAUGGAGUUUCUCAGCCUCUGUAACAUUCUUCAAUAUGCAUGUAACUUUGCAUCAACUGCUUGGUGUUCCUCUAAGAAUGAGCCAGUUCACAUCCAUCAUGAAAGCGCUUCUGGAGCACUUAGAACUCGGCGAGGAAAUAAUUCCAGUUACUCGGAGAGAUGGAGAGUCAGGAAGUUUAUUAUGCUAG